AUGGAGGGGGGAAGCUCAUCGGUUUCAAAUGGAAAUGUUGAGGUUCGGUAUAGAGGGAUUCGGAGAAGGCCAUGGGGAAAGUUUGCUGCAGAGAUUCGUGACCCUACAAGGAAAGGGACUCGGCUUUGGCUUGGAACCUUCGAUACUGCAGAACAAGCUGCACGAGCUUAUGAUGCUGCUGCUUUUCAUUUUCGUGGCCACAGAGCCAUUCUCAACUUCCCAAAUGAGUAUCAGUCUUCUAAUCCAAACUCUUCUUUACCUAUGCCUCUAACAGUUUCUCCUCCUCCUCCUCCUCCUUCUUCUUCUUCUUCUUCUUCUUCUUCUUCUUCUUCUUCCUAUUCUUCUUACUCUACUGAUAACCUUGCGGGCCCUGGUUUUUCUGGAGAAAUCAUAAUGCAAGGUGACGAUACUUUUGAGUUGGAGUACUUGGACAAUAAGUUGCUUGAAGAACUACUUCAGAUGCAAGAUAACAGACAUCUCUUCAAGUGA